CAACAAUGCAGCCACUGCUGAGUAUCGGUAUCGUUGCCACAUCCGCACCUCCCUCCCCUCCCGCCGGAACCUCCCCUCUCCCUCCUCCGCGCCGGCGAAUCGCUCCGCCCCUUGCCACCGGAGCCCUCCUUUGCUCCUAUCACGCCCGCCCGCGGCGAAGACAGCGCGCGCCCCCGCCGAUGUCAGUGCCGCAGGACGGAUCCGAACCCCACACACCUAUAUAUACAGAUGCUUUGGAACAAAGGGCAGUCGUAACGAACAAGCACGGAGAGAAGCUUGUGGGAGUGCUGCAUCAUACAGGUUCAAGCAAGAUCGUGGUCUUGUGUCAUGGUUUUAUAUCUACAAAGAAUGACAGUCUCAUUCUUGACCUAGCGGCCGCAUUAACGAAGAAAGGGAUUAGUGUCUUUCGCUUUGAUUUCAGUGGAAAUGGAGAAAGUGAAGGAGAAUUCGAAUAUGGAAACUACAGGAAAGAGGCUGAUGAUUUGCACUCUGUUGUAUCAUAUCUUUGUAAGGAAAAGUAUGAUGUCACCGCAAUUGUUGGUCAUAGCAAAGGGGGCGAUGUGGUAGCACUAUAUGCUUCUAUUUAUGAUGAUGUGUGCUUGGUUAUUAAUGUAUCCGGUAGAUUUGAUUUAGAGAAAGGCAUUGAAGAACGUAUAGGGGAAGGAUCUAUUGAUAAAAUAAACAAAGAAGGUUACCUUGAUGUUAAGGACAGAUCAGAAAAUGUACAUUACAGGGUAACUAAAGAGAGUUUGACAGAGCGGCUUAACACUGAUGUGCGUGCUGCAAGCAUUUCUAUUAGCAAGGAUUGCAGGUUCUUCACAGUUCAUGGUUCAGCAGAUAAGACUAUACCGGUAGAAGACGCCUAUGAGUUUGCAAAGCAUAUACCGAACCACAAACUGCAAGUUAUUGAGGGAGCAAAUCAUAACUACACCGCGCAUCGCAAAGAAUUGGCUGAUACUGUAGUGGAUUUCAUCACAUCUAAUUAGGGCAAAUCUGAAUAGCAAAAGAUGUAUGUAAGUCCACACUGUUUGCUAUAUCGUCAGGCAAUACUGAAUUCUUGAUGACACAAAUUGUAUGUUGCGUUGUUGCAGAUAUCUGUGUACUUUCCAUUUUAGCAUUCCUGUAAAUAUUGAACCGUAGAGAAACUUUGUAUGCUUCAGGAUUGUACAGUAGUACUAUUUGGCAUUGUAAAAAGUUUCAGUGGAUUUAACCGCAUCUCCUCCUCCUUCCUGAGGGUUUAGAUGCCGGCGGUUUCACCUUGGCCUGAGGUCGAGUGGGCUGUAACUGGACGUUUUACCUGCUUCUGUUUUAUUUGGCCCAA